UGACAAUUGUCUUUGAUUGACUGCAAUUUCUUGAUUCCUCUCGCUUUUCGAGAAAAGGUAAACGCAGUCUUUACUCGCCUGUCUGCUUGAUCUCAGGGCUUUCCCGCCAAGAAGAAGGUGGACCAGCCCACAAUGCCCAAAUCGAACGUCAAGGAAAAGACCCGCCAAAAGUCCGAAGACGCAUCUUCGCGCUUGGUCUACGAGGCGGGCAAGCCCAUUCGCGGCCAGGAUGAUGACAACGACAUCACCAGCAGCGAAGGAAGCAGUGAUGAAUCGGAUAUUCCUGAGAAGGACGAGGCGGAACUUAAGCUGGAACAGAUGCUCUUCGGCGACGACGAUGGUUUUCUCGGCGCAUUGAAGACCCAGCAUGAGCACGGUCUGGUCCUAGCGGACCAAAGUGAUGAUGAAAUGGGAGAUGGUGAUGAUUCAGAGGACGACGAUGAGGAACAAGACUUGAGUAAAUUGGCCGACUCUGAUCUUUUCUUCCUUGAUUCCGGGCCCGGACCCGUAUCCACUUAUCUCGACGAGGUGCCUGCGACACGCUCCGAUGAGGAGGACAGCGACGAUGAGACCAGUGGUCUACCCGCGUUGUGGCAUGAUAGCGACGACGAGCGCAUUGCGAUCUCGCUCGCAAGCCACCAGCGCCUGCGCAAGCUGCGCGUCGUGGAAUCGGAAGAUGUGAUCAGCGGCAAGGAAUACAUUCGCCGACUGCGCAGACAAUUUGUUCAGCUGAACCCUGUGCCCGACUGGGCGAAUCCCGAGAAGAACCAGCAGAAGGACGAUUCUGACGCCGACGACAUGGAUACGGAUGACGAGGAGCCCUCGUCCACGCAACCCCUCGCGAAGUUGCUCCAGGGUGCCACGGAUCUCGUCAAGUUGGAGGACAAUACGGGCCCUGGUGGCAGGAGGAAGAUGCGUCAGGAGGUUAUUGACAUUACGAGACUCAAGGACGUCGGCAAGGACCAGCCGUCGGCUAUUGAUUCGCUUUCCUUCCACCCGCAUUACCCACUACUCCUCUCUUCUGGGCAGGCAGCUACUCUCUUUUUGCAUCAUAUCUCACCCUCCGCCCAGGCUCCGAACCCUCUUCUCACUUCCUUCCACAUCCGGCAUACGCCGAUCCACACCUCUGCAUUCCACCUGCCCAGCGGAAAUCGCAUCUUUGCGUCUGGACGUCGACGAUACCUUCACAUCUGGGACCUGGAGACCGGCAAGGUGGACAAGGUCAACGGCACGUCAGACCGGAAGGAAGAACAGAAGACGAUGGAGCGGUUCAAGCUGUCCCCGUGCGGACGAUACGUGGGAUUGGUGGGUUCGUCGCGCAAAGGUGGCGGUCUCAUCAACAUCCUGGACUCCAACACAGCGCAGUGGAUCGCGCAGGUCCGCGUAGACGGCCGGGGCGGUGUGUCGGAUUUCGCCUGGUGGAGCGACGGCGAGGGCCUGACGGUGGUGAGCAAAAAUGGUGAGGUCUCCGAAUGGGACAGCCGCUUGAACCGAGUGGUCGCCCGCUGGGUCGAUGCUGGCGCGGUCGGCACGACGGUGCUGAGCUUGGGUGGACGCUCCGGACGCACUCAGCUUGGCGGUGACCGCUGGGUUGCCAUCGGCAGCUCCAGUGGUAUCGUGAACGUGUAUGACCGUCGGGAGUGGGCUGCUGCUUAUGCUACCGCUGCUGCGUCCAACGAGGAUGAGGCCACCCAGACUACUUUCAUUCCUCGGAACCCCGAACCCGUGCGCGUGCUUGACCAACUCACCACGCCCAUCAGUCAUUUGGUCUUUGCGCCAGAUGGACAAUUCUUCGUGAUGGCGAGUCGCUGGAAGCGUGAUGCCUUGAGAAUCGUCCACCUCCCCAGCUGCACGGUUUACCGCAACUGGCCCACCUCCAACACGCCCUUCGGCCGUAUCUCUGCCGUAGCCAUCUCGCCCAACUCGGAACAGUUGGCCGUGGGUAACGAACAGGGUCGGAUUCGCUUGUGGGAAAUUCGCGGAUGAAGGUCGCGCAUUGAAUCAGUAGAUAGAGAAUCUUCAUGAUCUGAUAAUUGGCAUCAAACGUCGUUGCAUUUUUGCAAUAAGCUUUGUUUUCUAUCUUGUCGAGC